CGAGCUUCAACCGAAGACGAUUUAAGUUUACAAGGCAGCAGUACACGGAAUGAUGCUGUCUCGGUCACACAUUUAGAGCCCAACGCAAAAACUAGUUUUUCCGUCUCACUCGCACGCUCCUGGUGGUAGUGGGAACCGGGGCUCGCGCCAUUACGCGUUUUUGUGCGGUCGAGGUCACACGUAUAAUAUUCAGUUAUUAAUUUAUCGUAUUCCCUACUUCGUACGCGCACAAAAAGAUCUCGUCAUCGCCAUGGGAAAAAGAAAAAGAUCGCGUUCAAGGGACGACGAUUACGACAGUAUAUUAAAGAAAGUUAAAAAACUGGAAAAACGGUUACAAAACUGUCGACGAAGUUAUUCGCGCUCGCCGUCCAUUGAACAGGAAAAUAUAGACGUGAAUAUAGACGGUCAUCAAUCGGAAGUGCAGUCGCCGUUGCGCGACAUGGAAUUUACUGAACCAGAUAAUAAAGAUAUCGAAAAUGAAGAUUGUGUAAAUGAAAACAAUGUAGAUAACGCCGAGCAGACUACGAACGUGGAACCUGAGUUGGACCCUAAUAUUUUAAGCAUCUUAGGAGAUGACCCCCAAAAUCAGACCACUUUUGGCGAAAAAUUACACAAGGAUAUUUCAACCAGAUGGCAACAUAUUUUGUUGAACGGGCUACAAAAGGAAAUAAAAUCUGAAUUGAUUAAAUUAUACCCUGUCCCCGAAAAUUGUAGGUCGUUCCAGCCACUCAACCUCAUCGAGGGGCUUUAA